AGAUACAAUCAACAUCUGGCGCUUCAAACAUUCAUGAUUUUAAUAUUUCAAACUUAGAAGAAAACGAUUCGGAAAGUGAAUGUGAUUCGGUGGAAAAUUUUGUCACUGAAAACGUUGCUCGUAUGUCUUCAAAUAGGCUACAGACAUGGAGAGAACCAAGGGGAUUACAACCAACAGUGAUUGCAUUCACGGAACCAACAGGUAUCAAGAAACCGUAUGAUAACGAACUACGAAAUGCAGACCCAGGAGCGUAUUUCUCACUGUUAGUCUCGGACGAAACGUUUGAGGAAAUAGCAGUGCAAACCAACUUGUAUGCUUCGCGACGCGUAAGCACAAAGCCUUCCUCACGUUUGAAAAGUUGGAAACCAACCAACAAAAAUGAAAUCAAAAGUCUUUUCGGACUUAUUAUGUACAUGGGUCUAAUCAAGCUCCCAAAAAUAAGUCUUUACUGGAGCACAGACAGAGUUUUCAAAUAAUCUUUUGCACCAUCCGUAAUGAGUCGUAAUAGAUUCGAACUGUUGCUGCAGAAUCUGCAUUUCGUUGAUAACGAAAAAGCAGAUACCACAGACAGAAUUUAUAAAAUACGUGGUCUGAUAGAUAUAUUGAAUAAAUCGUUUAGACAGUACUAUUUCCCCAAAGAAGAUGUUUGUGUCGAUGAAAGCCAGGUCCCUUACCGCGGGCGAUUGAUCUUUAGGCAGUACAAUAAAAGCAAACGACAUAAAUAUGGAAUGAAGUUAUUCAAGCUGUGCACGAUACCAGGUUAUACCUGUAAACUAGAACUUUAUGCUGGUACUCGUAAAAACCAUGAACAGGUAAAUACGACGCCUAAAAAUGUUGUGAUGUCACUCUGUAAGGAAAUACUUGAUUUGGGGCACACCGUAUCUACGGAUAAUUGGUACACAAGUUUGGAUUUGGCCAAUGAACUUAUAGACAGAAGUACUCAUUUAGUAGGUACACUGAGAAAAAAUAGAAAGGGUCUCCCAAAACAAGUUAUAGGUGCAAAACUUAAACGAGGCGAAUCUGUAGCGAUGGAGAACGAACGAGGCAUAACAGUGUUACACUGGAAGGAUAAACGAAGUGUCUUCAUGCUCUCUACAAAACACUCUAAAGGAUUUGCUAGUGUGCAUAAGAAAGGAAAAGUGUUCCGAAAACCGAAGAUGAUUAUAGCGUAUAACAGAGCAAAAGGAGCUGUUGACAUGAGUGACCAAAUGAGUGCGUAUUCUUCGCCAUUGAGAAAAACUAUUAAAUGGUAUAAAAAGUUAGGCAUCGAGCUAAUUUUAAAUACGGCAGUAGUAAAUGCGUGGAUAAUGUUUAGUGAAAAUACAGCUCAGAGAGGAAUUGUGGAAUUCCGACGUCAAUUAGUCGAAUAUUUAAUAGACUCUGGGAAAGAAGUACCUGAAGACGUCGAGAAUGAAUCAAUUUCAAAAAGACCUAAAAGAUUAAAACAUACUUUAAAAAUAAAAGAAGGCAAAGUGAGGCAAUCCAGGCGCUUCUGUAUUGAUUGUUAUAAAAGCUGUGUUUCCUCGUUUGGAUCAAGAAUUGCCAAAAAUAAGGCCAAGAAAGUGGCAUCCUAUUGUUUUGAAUGUCCUGGACAGCCCCACUAUUGCCUUGAAUGUUUUAAUAAGUGCCAUCGUUAUUUUUAAGGAUGUGAUG